AAAAGGCCCUCUUCUUCAUCCUCACUGCAUGUCCAGCCCAUUACUCCCCUCAAUCCUAGUGAGAGAAACAAAACUAAACAAAAUCAAAAUCUAGAGAGAGAAACUCCGCGAACGAGCAAUACAUACAUACACACGCACUUUUACGCACACGAAUUACCCACGUAAAGUCAAUAAUCACGUAUCUAUUUAUUUAAUUUUGUGUUUUAUUGCGAGAUUUCGGUGGAAUUCGAUGGUUUUUAGGGCUAAUUUGGUGGUCUGAAAGCGGAGCAAAACCCUAGAAAUUGUCGGGAGGCUUGGGAGGCUAAUUGCUGCGUGAAUUUGUGUAAUUCAGGUACCAUACAAUCUUGAAAAGAUGGGACUGCUUAAGAUCUGUGAUAGGAAUGCGUAGAUGUAGUCCAGAACUUCCUGGUUUAGUCUAUGCUGCAAUUGAUUCUAUGGGAGUUGUUAACCACAAGGGUGGUGUUAGUACAGAUCUUUCUCCACAGCAAACUGUCAUUGAGGAGACAAAAGUAGCACUGAGGAAGCAUUAUGUUUGUUACGAGGAAGCAAGAAGGCAAUUGGAGUUUCUUGAACAAGGUGGAGAUCCUCUGGACUUCAGACCUGGAAAUGCUGCUUCACAUAGUGUUCAGUCUACUUCCUUGACAGAUCAACAUCCUGAACAGUUCGUGAUCAGUGAAGCAAAAGGUAGUUUUGCGUUGGCUGAUUCACCGCCAGGAGAUUCUGUUGAAAGCAGUGGUAGACCAGAAGCUCCUCCCACAUAUGAACCUAAUAGCGCUGAUAAUCUUAUGCUAUUCGAUGGGGAAAAUAGUAUUUUCAAAGGUGAAAGGAGCUUGUUGCGAUCCAAUAGGGAUAUUGUCUUUCCUUCUGAACAGUCUUCACAGUUGGAUGGAAGUCGAAAUGCCAAAGAAUCAGGUGCUACUGUUGCAUUUGGACUCCCAAAGAAAGCAUAUAGGCGACGGAACAGAUCACGUCCAAGUCGUGAUGGUGGUCGAUCAAAUUCUGUAGAUGUAGUGCUGUCUUCUAGCGGUCAUAACAUGCUGCCUUCUCGUCAUGUUUCUAGGGAGCUCAAAGUGUUGACAGCUGAUACAGACAACCAGAAGGACAAUGUAGUUUGUUCAAAUUAUAAUUUGAAACCUACAAGCCCAAAUCAUAAUAAAUUUUCCAAAGCUGAGCCAUCCAAGAAUCAUUUCGAUAUGGAAAUAGGUGGUGGAGAGGCUAUUCAAUCAUAUAUUGUCCAGAGUAAGGGAGAUCCGUCCAAUGCCCAGUCAGAUCUAAAUGCUUCCACUAAUAUGCAUGACAAGAAACAAAAUGAUCUUUUAGAAUCUGAAGCUCAGAUAACCAAUAAGAGAAAAGUUAUUUCGAAACCAGCAUCUUAUGGGGAAAGUAUACAAGCAUCUUUAGGCGGUUCACGAUGUGAUCUAUCUUCUGUUGGAGCAAAGGUCGAAGAUACAUGUAGCCUAACAGCUGAGAUUGGUGGUGAUAAAGGCCCACUGAAUGAAUUUCAAAAUAAAAAUGCAGUAAUUAGCACAAAGAGUUUUGAUUUGGGAACAUGUGGCAAUCAGUCUGUUUUUCAGCUAAAUGGGAAUGUCAAUAGUGAAACUUGUACGAACUUAAAAAGUGUGGGUUCUAAUGGUUGUACAAAGGAAGAAACUGUAGCUUCCGAGACACUGAACAUGGAAGGUAAUAAAUUAGCUCAAGAUGUUACUGAGACAAAACUUGAUGAUAUGUAUGCUAUUGAUUCUGACAAUAAUUUGUUACAUGACCACCAAGAAAAUGGUUCUUUGCUUAAAAGCGUGGAACCAUUGGAUGAAAAAGUAUCCGGUUCACAGAGUGAAGCUAAUGAUCCUAUUGCCAUCGAGGGGAAGGAACAAGUGGGAAGUACUUCUUUAGAAGAUGAGACAAUUCCCAGCAUUCUGUUGGAUUCUAAUCCCCAGCCUGGAAAUGAAAAUACUCAUACUGAAAUAGUUAAUAGUUCAGUGAAUAUCUCUGUUCCUGAGAAUCAGGAUACUGAGUUCUUAACAAAAGAUUCUGCAAUAUCUCCUGAGCAACAAACUUGUUCUGAAGACUUGAAACUGAAACUGAAGGCGCAUGAAGACUCUAUUUUAGAAGAAGCACGCGUUGUAGAGGCUAAACGCAAGAGAAUUGCUGAGUUAUCUAUUCAUAUGUUACGUCGGGAGAGUCGCCAAAAAUCUCAUUGGGAUUUUGUCCUAGAGGAAAUGGCAUGGUUGGCUAACGAUUUUGCACAGGAGCGCCUUUGGAAGAUAAGUGCUGCUGCUCAAAUAGGUCGUCAAGCUACUUCUGCUGCUCGAUUAAAAUUUGGAGGACAAGAUAUUCAUGUGAGACAAAAACAAGUUGCUUGUUGCUUGGCAAAAGCUGUUAAGGAUUUCUGGUGUUUGGUUGAGGAGGAGGGCAAAAAGCAGGAGCUGCAAAACCCUGUCAAAGAUUAUGGGCACACAGUCCAGGGAUAUGCAUUGAGAUUCCUUAACUGUAAUAACUCACCUGAUCGCUUUGUCGAAUCCAAAGUGGCUACAAGGCCUGAUAGCAUAUCCAGUUUGCAAAAUAUGGACAUGUCAUGGAAGGAUGACUUAACAGAAGAAAGCCUCUUCUAUUCAGUUCCUGCUGGUGCAAUGGAAAUCUACAGGAAUUCUAUUGAAGCACACAUACUGCAGCUGGAGAAAACUGGCAUUUCCAUCCCUGAAGAAGUGGAGACAUCUGGUUAUGAUGCUUUAGCAGAGUAUGGUUCUCGUGAGAAUGCAUUUGAAGAGGAUGAAGGAGAGACAAACACAUAUUAUUUGCCUGGGGCUUUUGGGAACAGCAAGCCAUCUAAACUGUUGCAGAGAAAAAAGAAACAUUUGAUGAAAGAAUUGGCAGCAAGACCUUACGAAAUGGGAUCUGAUUUACCAUUUGUGCAAUCUGUCGAAAAUAAAGCUGGCAAUCAUCAUUCUGUUUUGAUAGGAAAAAGGGCCUCCAACGCACCUAAUGCUUCAAUUCCAACAAAGCGUAUGCGCACUGCAUCCCGGCAAAGAGUUCCAAGUCCUUUUAACGCAGGAACUCAUGGCUGUCUUCAGGCACCAAGCAAGGGUGAUGCAUCUAGUGGUGAUACGAACUCUUUUCAUGAUGAACAGAAUAAUUUGCAGGGUGGGUCUGAUGUUCCACAUAAUAUGGAGGUUGAGUCUGUACGUAACAUGGACCGGCAACUACCCGUCGACUCCUCGGAAGUAUUACAUAAACCUAAAAAGAAAAAGAAGGCAAAGAAUUUGGGUUCGACUUAUGAGUACAAUUGGCGAUCUGAUUCCAGUUUUCAUAAUGAGCAGAGAGAUAAUUAUAAAAGGAGAUCGGAGAGCCAUCAUUUUGAGUCAAAUGGAAACAGUGGUUUAUAUGGUCAACAUGUUGGGAAAAAACCUAAGCUAAUUAAACAGCCACUGGAUAAUUCAUUUGACAACGUGAAUUGCUCGAUCUCUUCCCCAGUGGCUUCCCAAAUGAGCAACAUCUCCAACCCCACUAAGUUUAUCAAAAUGCUUGGUGGACGAGAUCGGGGCAGGAAAACAAAAGGGCUCAAGUUGCAGUCAGCAUCUGGACAGCCGGGUUCAGGAACUUCAUGGUCACUGUUUGAGGACCAGGCUCUUGUUGUUCUUGUUCAUGAUAUGGGUCCGAACUGGGAUCUCGUCAGUGAUGCUUUCAAUAGCACUCUGAAAUUUAAGUGCAUAUUCCGCAAGCCUAAAGAAUGCAAGGAGCGUCAUAAAGUUUUAAUGGAUAGCCCUGCUGGUGAGGGCGCAGAUAGUGCUGACGAUUCAGGGUCAUCUCAACCGUAUCGGUCUACGUUACCUGGCAUUCCGAAGGGUAGUGCGAGACAGUUGUUUCAACGUUUGCAGGGGCCAAUGGAAGAGGAUACAAUCAAAUCACAUUUAGAAAAAAUUAUAGCCGUUGGAAAGAAACAGCAUCAUAAGAGGGCACAGGAUCCAAGACCCCUCCAGCAGCCUCACAAUUCUCAUACAUUUGCACUCUCUCAAGUCUGCCCAAAUAACUUGAAUGGAGGGCCUACCCUUACGCCCCUUGAUCUUUGUGAUGCAACUGUAUCUAGUCCAGAUGUUCUUUCCCUUGGCUAUCAAAGCCCCCAAAGUAGUGGGAUACCAAAUUCAAAUCAGGGCAGUAUUGCACCAAUGCAUCCUGCUUCUGGUGCCAAUCUUUCGGCACAAGCAUUCGCUGGUGCUGUUCCUGGCAGUAAUCUUUCGUCGGCUUCUAGUCAAAUCAGUAAUUCUGUCAGGGAUGUUAGAUCUGGCAUCCCAAGAUCUGCAUCUUUAUCAACUGAUGAACAGCAAAGACUACAGCAGUACAGCCAAAUGGUGCCUGGUAGAAACUUCCAACAGUCCAAUAUUCCUGUUUCUGGAGUUCAUUCAGGAACUGAUCGAGGUGUUCGCAUGUUAACUAGUGGAAAUGGUGUGGGAAUUCCUAGUGGACUGCAUAGAAGCAUACCUGUGCCAAGAGCAGGACUCCAAGGUAUUGCCUCGUCAUCCAUGGUUGGUCCUGGUAGCAUGCUUUCCUCUGGUAUGAUGGGAAUGCCUAACCCUGUUAACAUUCACUCUGGUCCUGCUGCUGCUCAAGGAAACUCCAUGAUGAGACCUCGUGAUCCUAUGCAUAUGAUGCGGCCCACUCAGAAUGUGGAACAUCAAAGACAGAUGAUGAUUCCCGAGCUACAGAUGCAGGUUGCACUAGGAAAUAGCCAAGGAAUCCCUCCAUUUGGUGGAUUAAGUUCCUCCUUUCCUAACCAGACAACUGCCCCCUCUGUUCCGUCAUACCCACUCAACCAGCAGCUGCAUCCAAUUUCAACCCAGCAGUCCCACAUGCUCACUAAUUCUCAUCAUCCGCAUCUUCAAGGACCAAACCUUGCAAACAAUACUCAGCAUCAAGCCUAUGCCAUUCGUGUAGCUAAAGAGAAGCAGCGUGUAUUGCAGCAACAUCAGCAGCAACAAUUUGCACCAUCCAAUUCUUUGAUGCCACAUGUUCCAGGACAACCUCAGCAAGUUUCAUCUCCACAAAAUGGUUCCCCGUCACAAAGUACUCCGCAGGUAUCAAUGUCACCAUUGACAGUGUCAUCCUCAAUGAGUUCAAUGUCUUCGAAUCCGAAGAAGCAUCACAUUCCAACACAUAUUGUUGUGCGGAAUCCACAAGGUGGUGGCAGUGGUUCAAUCAACCAGGCAAGCAAGCAGCGGCAGCGGCAACCUCAGCAACAGCAAGUCCAACAAUCUGGUAGGCAUCACCCCCAGCAGCGGCAUCUGUCACAGUCGCAAAAUCAGGCUAAAAUUACAAAAGGUGUAGGGAGAGGGAACCUGAUGCAUGAGAAUCUUCUGACAGAUAACACUGUUCUGAAUGGCCCGUCAACUACUCCUGGGAGCCAUAUUGCAGAGAAAGGAGAGGAGAAUGUGCAGGUGAUCCAAGGGGAAGAAUUGUAUUCCGGGUCAGGAUUAAAUUCUGUUCAGCCUCAGAAGCAGUCAGCACCAUCCCAUUUUUCUCCUCAACCUCAGGCCCAGCAAAAGCAAAACCAACAAACUCGUGCACAUUCUGAAAAUAGCCAUCAAAAUCAUGUUCCAUCAGUCGUAGCUGGUCCAACAUCUAAUUCUAGUCAGGCUGUUCCAUCAAACCAGCAGCAGCAUAAAUUGUCGCAGCCAUUCUCGAAGAUUGUAAAUCAAACUCAGUCUCCUGUUCAGAUAUUGCUUCAUCAGAACCGGCAAGUUAACCAUGACCAUGCCAACAAACUUCAAGCUAGAGAUGUUCAUAUUAGCUUAGAGCCUGCUUCGACUGUUCUGCGGAAGGCAUCAGAACAUGUUUCUGAUUCCUGUAGUUCUAAUCCUGUGACAGCAAUUGGUUCUGCUGACUCUCCACCUUUGACUAAUCCUCCUAUUGAGCCCCUUGACCAGCAUGGUCAAGGAACAGAAAAAAUCCAAUCUUUAGUGAGCUUGCCUCAUGUUGCUCAUGAUGGUGAUGUACAGUGGUCGGAAGAGCCCUCACAGCUGCAACCGCCGCCUCCAUUGGAGCAGCAACCGGAGGAAUUAAAACAACAAUCAGAAGAACAAUCACUAAUUCUACAAGGAGGGGGUAGUAGUUCUUAGCCCUCCACAACUCUGUCAAAUUGAAGAAUUUUGGCAGAUUGAGCAAAUCCUAGGAACUCUGAUCUUUCUGUAGUCGCUUCAGCAUGCCUUUGUUGCAACAACAUGUAGAUGAAGCUCAUAGUUUCAUCAUGGCAAUACAAGUGGCAGGGGUUGAUUAUUGUUAUAUCCACAGCUCGAAUAGACUCGAUUGAAAUGAUAGGGUAGGGUUAGUUUCGGGGACAAUGUACAUUACCAUUACUUUAGGAUUCAGGGAAGAUAGGGACUAAUAUAGAUGCACCUCCUGUACAGGGUUUUCACCCCUUUGGGAUAGUUUAUAAUAUCUUCACCCUCCCAUGCUCAUAUAAGCUCGUAUAUGGAGAGGUUCUUAAUUUUUGGCCCAUAGAUCAACCCCAUGUAUAAUGCCAUUUUGUAUUUAGAAAUUAGUGAUCAUUGUUAUGGCUGAAGCCUAAUGAAAUUUUUGUGAAUACUA